GACCGUGCGGGCCUGGCCUGGGGUCGGGGUCGCCGUGCGCGGGGCGUGGACCGAGCGGUGCCCGCGCGAGCCUGCGCAGCCCUCUGUUCGCUGGACAUUUGUGGAGUACUCGGUCCCAGGCGCCGUUCAAGCAGGGACCGCAGCAGGAGCAAGUCUGAGGUCCCUGCGCCGGGGAACACGGUAGACAGGCGAGAAGGACUUGCAGGAGCGCGGAAGCGCUUCGAGACCUAAAACAGGCUCAGGCGAUCUCGACGGGAAGCCCCUCCCGGGGGAAGCAGCGCCCGGGACGCGAAGUCUGCAGUGUAGUGAAAGGUCUGGGCGGAGGAACCCACAAGCGCAGAGGCCCUGAAGCAGGCUGGAGCUGGGUGUGUUUGGAGCUGGAGCUAAAGACAGAGAUACAGAUGAAGUCGGGGGACAUGACAGGGGAGCGGAUCCUGUCGGCCCUUGAGAACCCCGUGUGGAGCCUGACCUUUAUUCGGGGUUCACUGGGGAGCCAUGGGAGGGUUUGCAUAUGGGCGCAGCAUCAACUGCCUUGGUUUUUGAAGAACUCGCUGGAAGCUGAGUGGAGAUUGGGUUGGAGCUGGAGGAAGAGUGGGGAUGACUCCCGGCUUCGUGGGAAUUGCCUCAAGCCCCGUCCUCAUCAGUCCUGGCCACCCCAGGUUGUUCUAUAGUGUUGUGUAGACGGCAUCAUACGCCACAGGAUUUCCUUUUGUGCAGAGGGCGGGUGAUGGCAAACUUAGGGUGCGCGUGCCACAGCAGGCCGUUGUGAUCAUACGCCCUGAAAGGUUCACCAUCGCUGAUCUCAACCAAGCUGCUGUAACAGGAGCCCCAGAGAGACCCAAGUUGAGCUCGUCCCCUCGCCAUCCAGAAGUUGCCAAGGAGCCCAGGGCUGGCCCAUCCUGUGGCCCAGGAUGGAUGGCAAGCGGCAGCGGGCCCCGGGGCCCGGGAUACCCGCAAAGCGGGCUCGAGGGGGCCUCUGGGAUGAGGAGAUUCCGCCGUCCCAGUUCGAAGAGGACCUGGCGCUGCUGGAGGAGAUGGAGGCUGAGCACAGGCUGCAGGAGCAGGAGGAGGAGGCACUGCAGCCAGCCUUGGAGGGGGCUGUGGACGGGCAGCUCUCCUUGGCAGCCACUGACCCCCGCUGGCUGCGGCCCGCCCCGCCCCCGCUGGACCCCCAGAUGGAGCCCCUCAUCUUCCAGCAGCUGGAGAUCGAUCAUUACGUGGGUCCAGCGCAGCCCCUGCCAGGGUGGACCCCACCGUCCCACAACCAUGUGCCUGUGCUCCGCGCCUUCGGGGUGACGGAUGAGGGCGUCUCCGUCUGCUGCCACAUCCACGGCUUCGCACCCUACUUCUAUGCCCCUGCGCCUCCCGGUUUCGGGGCCGAGCACUUGGAGGACCUGCAGCGCGAGCUGAGCGCCGCCAUCAGCCGGGACCAGCGGGGCGGCAAGGAGCUCACAGGCCUGGCCGUGCUGGCUGUGGAGCUGUGCUCCCGUGAGAGCAUGUUCGGGUACCACGGGCACGGCCCCUCGCCCUUCCUGCGCAUCACCUUGGCACUGCCCCGCCUCAUGGCGCCUGCCCGCCGCCUCCUGGAGCAGGGCGUCCGCGUGGUGGGCCUGGGCACCCCCAGCUUCGCACCCUAUGAGGCCAAUGUGGACUUUGAGAUCCGGUUCAUGGUGGAUGCAGACAUCGUGGGCUGCAACUGGCUGGAGCUCCCGGCUGGAAAAUACGUCCUGAGGCAGAAGGAGAAGAAGGCUACCCUGUGUCAGCUGGAGGCCGACGUGCUGUGGUCUGACAUCGUCAGCCACCCUCCGGAAGGGCCGUGGCAGCGCAUUGCACCCCUGCGUGUGCUCAGCUUCGACAUUGAGUGUGCCGGCCGCAAAGGCAUCUUCCCUGAGCCCGAGCGGGACCCCGUAAUCCAGAUCUGUUCUCUGGGCCUGCGCUGGGGCGAGCCAGAGCCCUUCUUGCGCCUGGCACUCACCCUGCGGCCUUGCGCCCCCAUCCUGGGUGCCAAGGUGCAGAGCUACGAGCGGGAAGAGGACCUGCUGCAGGCCUGGUCUGUCUUUGUGCGCACCAUGGACCCCGACGUGAUCACUGGCUACAACAUUCAGAACUUUGACCUCCCCUACCUCAUCUCUCGCGCCCAGACCCUCAAGGUGAAGGGCUUCCCCUUGCUGGGCCGCGUGGUCGGGCUCCCCUCCAGCAUCCGGGACUCGUCGUUCCAGUCGAGGCAGGUGGGCCGGCGGGACAGCAAGGUGGUCAGCAUGGUGGGCCGCGUGCAGAUGGACAUGCUGCAGGUGCUGCUGCGGGAGUAUAAGCUGCGCUCCUACACGCUCAACGCCGUGAGCUUCCACUUCCUGGGCGAGCAGAAGGAGGACGUGCAGCACAGCAUCAUCACGGACCUGCAGAACGGGAACGACCAGACGCGCCGCCGCCUGGCCGUGUACUGCCUCAAGGACGCCUUCCUGCCGCUGCGGCUGCUCGAGCGGCUCAUGGUGCUGGUGAACAACGUGGAGAUGGCGCGCGUCACUGGCGUGCCGCUCAGCUACCUGCUCAGCCGCGGCCAGCAGGUCAAGGUCGUGUCCCAGCUGCUACGGCAGGCCAUGCGCGAGGGGCUGCUGAUGCCCGUGGUGAAGACGGAGGGCGGCGAGGACUACACGGGAGCUACCGUCAUCGAGCCCCUCAAGGGGUACUAUGACGUCCCCAUCGCCACUCUGGACUUCUCCUCUCUGUACCCGUCCAUCAUGAUGGCCCAUAACCUGUGCUACACCACGCUGCUGCGGCCCGGGGCUGCCCAGAAGCUGGGCCUGGACGCAGACCAGUUCAUCAAGACGCCCACGGGGGACGAGUUCGUGAAGACGUCAGUGCGGAAGGGGCUGCUGCCCCAGAUCCUGGAGAACCUGCUCAGCGCCCGGAAGAGGGCCAAGGCCGAGCUGGCCCAGGAGACGGACCCCCUGCGGCGGCAGGUGCUGGAUGGGCGGCAGCUGGCGCUGAAGGUGAGCGCCAACUCUGUGUACGGCUUCACGGGUGCCCAGGUGGGCAAGCUGCCCUGCUUGGAGAUCUCACAGAGCGUCACGGGGUUUGGACGGCAGAUGAUCGAGAAAACCAAGCAGCUGGUGGAGUCCAAGUACACGGUGAAGAACGGCUACAGCGCCGACGCCAAGGUGGUGUACGGUGACACAGACUCCGUCAUGUGCCGGUUCGGCGUCUCCUCCGUGGCUGCGGCGAUGGACCUGGGGCGCGAGGCCGCGAGCUGGGUGUCAGGCCACUUCCCCCCACCCAUCCGGCUGGAGUUUGAGAAGGUCUACUUCCCCUACCUGCUCAUCAGCAAGAAGCGCUACGCUGGCCUGCUCUUCUCGUCCCGGCCCGACAGCCACGACCGCAUGGACUGCAAGGGCCUGGAGGCCGUGCGCAGGGACAACUGCCCACUCGUGGCCAACCUUGUCACGGCCUCCCUGCGCCGCCUGCUCAUUGACCGAGACCCCGAGGGUGCCGUGGCCCACGCCAAGGACAUCAUCUCGGACCUGCUGUGCAACCGCAUCGACAUCUCCCAGCUGGUGAUCACCAAGGAGCUGACCCGCGCCGCGGCUGACUACUCGGGCAAGCAGGCCCACGUGGAGCUGGCCGAGAGGAUGAGGAAGCGCGACCCCGGCAGCGCACCUAGCCUGGGGGACCGCGUCCCCUACGUGAUCAUCGGUGCUGCCAAGGGCGUGGCCGCCUACAUGAAGUCCGAGGACCCCCUGUUCGUGCUGGAGCACAGCCUGCCCAUUGACACGCAGUACUACCUGGAGCAGCAGCUUGCCAAGCCGCUGCUGCGCAUCUUCGAGCCCAUCCUGGGCGAGGGCCGCGCCGAGGCCGUGCUGCUGCGCGGUGACCACACACGCUGCAAGACGGUGCUCACGGGCAAGGUGGGUGGCCUCCUGGCCUUCGCCACGCGCCGCAGCUGCUGCAUCGGCUGCCGCACGGUGCUCAGCCACGAGGGAGCCGUGUGCAGGUUCUGCCUGCCUCGGGAGUCGGAGCUGUACCAGAAGGAGGUGUCCCACCUGAACGCCCUGGAAGAGCGCUUCGCUCGCCUCUGGACCCAGUGCCAGCGCUGUCAGGGCAGCCUGCAUGAGGACGUCAUCUGUACCAGCCGGGACUGCCCCAUCUUCUACAUGCGCAAGAAGGUGCGGAAGGACCUGGAGGACCAGGAGAAGCUGCUGCGCCGCUUCGGCCCCCCUGGACCUGAGGCCUGGUGACCGGAAGCUUCCUGUGGGGGCGGUUAAUAAAAUUCUGGCCUUUUGUUA